AAACGGCCGCCCAAACAAAACGCAAGGUCUGGUCGAACAUAAUCUAGUUUUCUCUUCUUUUCUUGUUUCUCAUAUAUGUGCUUGGCUUGCAAGAUAUCUUUUCAAUUAUUCACCGCUCCCCAAUUUCUGAACUAUUCUCGCUUUAUUUGUGUUAAUUUAGUGUAAACUUCGAAAAUCAGUCAAGAUUGAAAAAGUAGAAGGCAAAAUUGUGGUCAGUGCACCGCCUAUUGUAGAAUAUCUGAAUACUUCCAACAACAUGACCAGAGAUAUGCAUAGAAUCCUCCCGCCGUUUGGCAACCCUGUUACUACAAAUACAUUAGAUAGGAGUAAUAAUUUAGAAGAUGUGGAAGAAAAGUUAGCAGCAGCAGAGAUAUUGAUUUCCAAAUGGGACACAAAUAAAAGCAGCAAAAUGCUCUUUCAGAGCAACGCAGAAGAAAUCCGUGUGUACAUGGACUCAGUCGAAAAUCUCCAACGGCUCAUGGAACAUUUGUCCGCCGGCGGAACCAACGCUGCCCAACUCGUCCGUGCGCAGCAGCUGAUGAAACUAUCGAUGGCCCGUCUGCAGAACGAGUUUCAUAAAAUUAUGUUAUCUAACAGCGAACCCAUCGAUCCAGAUCGGGAGUCAUCGGCCCGACCGUCAUCCUGUUCGAGCACAGAGGACAGCAUCACUACUUCCACAUGCUCUGACGGUGAAGAUGAUCGCAGUAGCGACUGCAGCUCCAGUUGCUCGUCAACAGACAGAGCAUGCGAAUUCGACAUGGUUCCGUUGGACGCCGUGGUGGAUCUCCGGAAUAUAGCGCAGCGCAUGGCGAAGAAUGGGUACGCGAGGGAAUGUGUUCGAGUCUUCGCUCUCACCAGAAAAUCCGUGGUGGAAGAGAGUUUAUACAAUCUGGGCGUAGAGAAGGUGAAAUUGAACGAUGUUCGAAAAAUGGGGUGGAAAGUCCUGGAUGAAAAGAUCAAGAAAUGGAUUUACGCCGCCAAAAUCAGUAUCCGAAUUCUGUUUGCCCGAGAGAAGCGGCUGUGCGUCGAUGUGUUUGAGGGGCUUGAUAAAAUGAGAGAUGCUUGUUUUGCUGAAAUCGCCAAGGACCGCACAGCCAGGCUUCUCUCCUUCGCCGAGGCCGUGGCCGCCACGAGCCGGGCGCCCGAAAGAAUGUUCAGGGUUCUUGACCUCUACGAAGCGCUUACCGAUCUUAUGCCCGACAUAGAAGAAAUCUAUUCUCAAGAAUCCGGCCGAAGUGUGCACGAGCAAGCCAACAGAAUCCUGGCCCGGCUAGGUGAGGCGGCGAGGAGGAUUUUGACGGAAUUUGAGAGGGCCAUUGAGAAGGAGAAAUCUAAGGCCCCCGUUGCCGGCGGCACUGUUCAUCCUCUCACCAGAUACGUGAUGAAUUAUCUCUCUUUUCUCUCCGAUUACAAAGAAACUUUGGUAAACGUAAUCACAGACGCGCCUGGAGAGCUACCCGACAAGGAUCUGAACGAUCCCUCUGCCCCGCUGUCCAUCCGCCUCGGAUGGACUGUCUUCCACAUGCUGUGCACGCUCGACAAAAUAUCUGAUCUGUAUAAAGACGCCUCUCUGUCCCAUCUCUUUCUCAUGAACAAUCGUUACUACGUAUUACAAAAAGUGAAUGGCUCAGAACUCAAAUAUAUACUGGGGGAGGAAUGGCUGAGAAACAUUGGAAAGGCAGUACGCCGUGAAUUAUGAUAGAACAAACGAGUAAGUUCCUGCGAAUGGCGGAGUUUCGUCCAGGGAGGCUUUUGAAAGAGAGAUCAAAGGGCUUGUUCAACUGAGCGAGGGAGGAAGUGAAGAGAAAGCAUGGUGUGAAUGGGUGGUAGCUUACGUCAGCCUGCGAGAGAAAUUCCCUGAGAACUUGGUAACGUCAUUAGCAGAUUCAGAAGGCGGUGUCAAAGCGAUACGGUCAUCGUAUAACGCGUGAAUCUGUUGCCUGUGUUUUGGAUUUUGUGGUGUUAGACUUUGUGGCAUAUAUAAUAAAGUAAUUAAAAAAAAUCCAGAUAAUUUUUUAAAAGGGGUAUAAGAUUUUA